AUGAACCGGAAUUGCAGACUCGUCGUCGACCACGGAGCAAUCAAACUCCACCGGAAACGUCGUCGACCGCCGGAGGGAAUCUUAGAGACGAUCAGAAGCGGCGGCGGCGACACCAGCUUCGCCGUCUUCCUCGUCUACAGCGUACAUCCCAUCCGACGAAGGUCUCCAUCUUCAGCAUUAGUAGAAUCUCCGGCGAGAUUCGCCGAUGGUGGCGGGGCGACUGCACAUCAGGCGACAAACACUUCAGUCGUGGUGGUCGGACGUGAACGAGACGACGACACGUUCAGUUCAAGCCAUGGCGUGGCGGGGCGGGGCGAUGACCUGUUCAACUCCAUUCAUGGCGGAAACUUGUUCUACCCGAAGUUGAUUAAUGGCGGAAACAUAUUCAACUUGAUUUGGGGAUUAGGAUAUUGUUCAACGACUUACUUGCAAUUUCUUAAAUUUUGA